AUGAGCAUGCUGGCCGGCAGCGUGUCGUCCUCCGGCCAGCUCUACGUUCGCGCGCUGUACGACUACGAUGCCGACGACCGCACAAGCCUGAGCUUCCGCCAGGGCGACAUCAUACAGGUCAUUACCCAGCUGGAAAGCGGCUGGUGGGAUGGAGUGAUACGGGGCACCCGCGGCUGGUUUCCCAGCAAUUACUGCGCCGUCGUCUCGCAUGGUUAUGACGGCGGACUAGACGGGACGACGGGGCGGACAGGCGAGCCAGAGGCAGAAGAGGAAGCAGAGGACUACACGGAGCACGAAUCGGGCGUUGUCGCUCCUGCCCACCAAGAUGGGGCGGCCAGCACCACACAGGAGGAAGCGGCAUUUUGGAUACCCCAGGCCACGCCAGAUGGACGAUUAUUCUACUUCAACACGCUGACGGGCGAGAGUACCAUGGAGCUGCCUCUGGAAGCGCCCAUAUCGGCCCAUGAGAGUGGCCCGCGCGAUCGCACCAACAUAUUCGUGCCCGACCAAACACGACCGCCAGCGGAAUUCCUGUCGGCGGGCUAUGAGCGCGACGAAGACACCGACUAUGCUUCUGCUUCGGAAGCCGAGGACGCGUCGGUAGCACAGGGAUCAAAGGCCUCGAGUCAUCGACGCAGGCGCUCAUUUCUGUCCGACGGCGUGUCACCCGCAACGUCCAUGGAUUCUUUGACUGCUCCUUCUCCGAUGAGCCGCUCUCGCACCAAUCUUACGGAAGCAAGCAACUUGUCGCUUUCGGCUAUGCAGCAGGGAAUCCCGCCCAUUGGUACCACCAUGAGCUCCUUCGCUAACGCGCCCCCCAGCGCAUCAAGGCUUUCGUUAUUACCUCGGAGGUUUUUCGACGAUGCCCAUGCGAUUCCUCUAACGUGGAAUACCAUGGUGGAAGACAUGCGGCGGGCUGUACAGCGAUAUCGCGAAGUCAUCACCAACGGCGAUCGAUCCGAAUACGUGCGCAAGGCAGAGGACAUAUCGGACCACUUGCGCUUGUUACUUGCCGCCGGCUCCGGCACCACGGACAAUCAUUCGGGCAACCCUUCAAUCAUUUCGACGAACAAAGCACUGUACCCGCAUUUCAGAGAAAUGAUGUCAAGGUUUUCCAAACUGGUCCUUUCCUCCCACAUUGCAGCGGCCGACUUCCCCACACCAGACUCGACUCAGAAGUGCUUGCAGGAAGCUGAAGGUGUGCUGCACGGUGUCUACGGUUUUGUGGAGGUGGCGCGACAGCAGCGUGGCGAGGAAAUUCCCAGAUUGGUGCCGGGCUUUGUUUCGGGAAGCCGGACGGCGGGUAACUGGCAAAGCAAUGGUCUCGAUCCUCGCAACAAUCUGGCUCUUUUCUUGGACGACGAGGCCGAUACUGUUGCAGAACCAACUGUUGCCCUUGACUCGGCCUUGCUCACACGCCUAGACGACCUCAAGCGGCUCAUCUACUCGUCCAUCCAACGCCUCGACCAGCACCUCAUCAUACGGGACAAGCUCAUCACGCAUCAAAGGCAUCGCCAGAUUAGCGAUUCCAUUUGUAAAUCGGGAAGUCAAGUUGUCGAAGUCUGCCGGCCGUAUUUGUCCACGAUUGAGUCCAUCAACCUUGCACCACUCACAUCCCCAUUUCAAACCCCUCAACUCAACGACUUUUCCGAGCACAAGCAGAAGCUAUACGACUCGACUUCCGACUUGAUCGUGGCUUGUCAGGCGGUUGCCACACCACUGGGAGACGAAUGGGCCGAAGUUAGAGGGCCGUCAUUAGAGGAGCGCGUGAGCCGCGUGAAAGGAGUUGGGCGAGAGCUUGACACUUCGGCUUCGCAGAUAUUAUUCUCCCUACAGCUACUCUCCGAGUUGAUCCCACAGUCUGAAACAACAAGCAGCAGCUCGCAUCGUCUCACCGACGGCGGGGCAACGUAUGAAAGACACAUGAGGAAUGGCUCCCAGAAUCUUAGGCCUCAGCUCGCGGAUGUUGGUCAUUCAAAGUCAUACACAGAAGGUACCCCUGCUCCCGCGGACUCUGGACCCGCACCGGGGUCUGCUGGGGAAGUGUCAAAAGCUAUGCGAUUCUUUGGAGAGGUACCAGGGCGAGACUCGGAAGAAGAGCCCAAUUUUCUUAGAUUGGAUCACGAAGGCGAAAUUGCAUUUGACACCAAGACUGAUCCUCCACAACUUCGCGGGGGGACUCUGGUCGCGCUUGUGGAACAGCUCACACGACAUGAUCGACUGGACUCACCUUUUAACAAUACCUUCCUCCUCACAUAUCGAUCAUUCACCACAGCACCGGAGUUGUUUGAACUGCUAGUCAAGCGAUGGACAAUACAACCUCCGUAUGGCUUGGGCGGUGCGGAUCUGCAGACGUGGACCGACAAAAAGCAGAAGCCCAUCCGUUUUCGGGUUGUCAAUAUUCUCAAAUCGUGGUUUGACAACUACUGGAUGGAGGCGAAUGACGAGACCAGUCAGCAAUUAAUGCAGCGAGUCUAUGCUUUCGCAAAGGAUACCGUGCAGUCGACAAGUACUCCAGGAGCUGGUCCACUCAUGACAGCCAUUGAACAGAGAAUGCGUGGUCAGGAUUCCUCAAGCAAGCGGCUGGUGCUCACACUCAACUCACAAGCGCCGCCUCCGAUAAUACCAAAGAACAUGAAGAAGUUGAAGUUCCUCGACAUUGACGCCCUGGAAUUCGCCCGACAAUUGACCAUGAUCGAAUCGAAGCUGUACGGAAAGAUCAAGCCUACCGAGUGCCUCAACAAGACAUGGCAAAAGAAACUCGCCCCGGGCGAGCCAGACCCUGCCGAUAAUGUCAAGUCUCUGAUUCUCCAUUCAAAUCAAUUGACCAACUGGGUUGCUCAAAUGAUCCUGACCCAAGCUGAUGUCAAACGGCGUGUUGUGGUCAUCAAGCACUUUGUCGCCAUUGCGGACAAAUGCCGAUCGUUGAAUAACUUCUCCUGCUUGACUUCGAUCAUUUCCGCACUCGGCUCAGCGCCGAUUCAUCGAUUGAACAGGACAUGGUCACAAGUGAAUGCCCGAACCACACAGACGCUCGAAUCCAUGCGCAAGCUCAUGGGCUCGACGAAGAACUUCAACGAGUAUCGUGACAGUCUACACAAGGCCAACCCACCCUGCAUACCGUUCUUUGGAAUCUACCUGACCGAUCUAACCUUUAUCGAAGAUGGUAUUCCAGGUGUCAUCAAGAAGACGCAACUCAUCAACUUUGCCAAGCGAGCAAAGACGGCAGAAGUGAUUCGGGAUAUCCAGCAGUACCAAAACGUGCCGUAUGGAUUACAACCAGUUCCUGAGCUGCAAGACUACAUCUUGAGGAAUAUGCAGAGUGCGGGCGACGUGCAUGAGAUGUACGAGCGUAGUUUGCAGGUUGAGCCGCGUGAGAGAGAGGAUGAAAAGAUUGCAAGAUUGCUAUCGGAAUCAGGCUUCUUGUAG